GACACAAGAGAUCUUGCUUUAAAAAAAUUUUUUAAAAAAAAUAGAGAAAUAUAUUCUACAAACUGACAUCAAACACAGAAGCAUUUUCUAAUACUAAAAUGUCUUGUUUGUAAAAUAUCUACCCUGGAAGUAAGGACAAAGGUCAAGUACGUUGUUAUUCGUCCUUUACCCAUGAGUUCCUCGAAGAGCCUAAUGACUAUCUAACGAACUACACUGCGUUUACAAGACGCAUACUAAUACGAAAACUUAAAAAUGCGAUUAAAUAUUUCGAUCAGUGGGAUCGUCAAAAUCACAUUUGAUUUUUGAUAUUGGAUUUCAUGCCUGUAUCUUCAGGAUUCUUCAAGACCAAAAGUUAGAAAACUUCAGCACAAGUUCACAAUGUUUGCUCGUCAUCUGUUGUUGAAGACCAUGAUGCCCCCUGUCACACAGACACUGUUAGGAACAGAAACUUCCUCUGCAUUGCUUCUCUUUCCAUCAGAAAGUAAAUGGCUGACCCCCUUCCCUCUUUUCUUCAGUGUUGCAAUGUUCACGCCACCUGCUCAUCAACCCAAGUGAAACCACAACCAUCUGUCUUAGCACAAACAAUGUCUACAGUUUUCACUGCUCCUAAUUGCUCAAAAUUUACUCUGUGUCAAGCAUCAACAUCUUCAAAAGAAGAAAGACAGAUUUCAUCAUAUAUACACUGGCAUGAAAGGAAGUCGUGAAUGUUGUAUGCAUCAUCCUCAGAAAAGAAUACAGUAUGAAUUGAAUAGGGUGCAUUGUCAUCAGCCAACAAGGAUGCUCAGUUUUUCACCUAAAGCUAUCUUGGAAGCAUCUCCUCCUUCGUUUCAGCCAUAUUUACGACUGAUUCGAUUCGACAAGCCCAUUGGCACCAUGUUGCUGCUCUGGCCGUGCACUUGGAGCAUCGCUUUGGCUGCGGUUCCUGGCAGCUUACCUGAUGCUCGACUCCUAGCACUCUUUGGAGCAGGUGCAUUCUUUAUGCGAGGUGCUGGCUGUAUCAUUAAUGACAUGUGGGACAAAGAUUUUGAUAAAAAGGUGGAACGGACAAAACUACGACCUCUUGCCAGUGGAGAACUUACACAUUUCCAGGCACUUGUCUUUCUUGCCUCACAGCUUUCUAUUUCUUUGGGAAUAUUGCUUCAGCUGAAUACAUACAGCAUAUUACUUGGUGCUGCAUCCAUGAUUCUUGUCAUUUUGUAUCCGUUAGCAAAACGUUACACCUAUUGGCCACAGGUGGUACUGGGCUUUACUUUCAACUAUGGGGCGCUGCUGGGGUGGUCAGCAGUGAAAGGGACGUGUGAUUGGACAGUUUGUUUGCCCCUUUAUGCCGCAGGGAUCAUGUGGACACUCAUUUAUGAUACCAUCUAUGCACACCAAGACAAAUAUGAUGAUAUGCUCAUUGGCGUCAAGUCCACUGCUCUUAAACUGGGAAAGAAGACUAAGCCAUAUUUGGCUGGGUUUUCUGCAGUCAUGCUUAGCUGCUUAACGGCUACUGGGAUCAUGUGUGACCACACUUGGCCAUACUUUGCAGGAGUGGGUCUUACAGGCGCUCACCUUUUAUAUCAGCUAUAUACAGUUGAUCUAAACAACCCAGAUGACUGUGCUGCUACAUUUCGAGCACAUUCCAAGCUUGGUUUUAUCCUUUUCCUGGGAAUAGUGCUUGGAAACUUGCUGCGGGAAGAGAACUCCACACCCAGUGAACUACCUAAAUUACAAACUACCACAGGUGCGGAGUCAUCCUUAUGAUCAUUCAUCGUGUCAAGGACUAGAUUUUUUUUUUAACACAACCAGUAAGCAUACAUAGCAGUGCUAAAGACCACAAGUAUGAGAGUGUAUGCAUUGUGAUAUACAAGGUGGACUAUGAAUGCAUUUCAUUUUGACACUACUAUAGUCUUAUCAGCGUGAUUGACCUGUGCUUAGAGAUUCAAACAAGUUUUUCUUUUUGCAUACAAUUUCAUUUAUGUUCAGUUUUUUCCCUUUCAUUUUAACAGUUAUGGCUAACCAACAACUACAAUUUCUAAUGAUUCAGGAAUUUCAUGCUUUUACUGUUCUUUUUGAUGCUUGUCUAAGGUAGUGCCAUUUUUGUACAUGUUUAUGAAUGGUUGAAAGGAAUGCCUUCAAAAAUAAAUUUUUACAAUGAG